UGAUUUAUGAUUUUGUUGCUGAAACUUAAUACAGCCACAUUGUGCUCUAUUACUUAAAGUCGUUGGGUGGUUAUGAAAACAAAACCGACUUCUUCGCACUAAUGAACUUACCAGAUUAGUGGCCCCAAAUGAAAAAUAACUAAUUUGCUGUUUCUAAUAUGGGUAAAAUUCACGAAAUAUCUCGUGUUUUGCGCAAGCUGAUAGAUUUGCGUGAUUUUUGCGUUUCGUGCGUUAAGAUGCGCUAUCUCCCGCGUCGGCGUGUUGUGUUUUGACUCCAAACAUUCCAUGACAGAUUAUUACGCGCCUUUCGAUGCUUCUCAGAUCAAAGGCAAUCGUCUAUGAUUAAUUGCUUGUCAUUAGCAUAAAUUGCGUUUUCGCGCUUACACAUCGAUUUCAACGUCGUUGGCGUUUACAGAAGACGCUUGUACGUGGCAAGCGAAAAGGAAAUUUAGUUUGUGUCCUCUGGCCUCUCCGUGUAACAUAAGAAGUAUACAUAGUGCGCAAAAUAUGUAAAUAUGGGAUCUUUCUAGAUAACAUGUGGUUUGAGAAUAAUAAGAAGUAUGGCGAAGACUUUCGAUGUCAACCAAUUUAACGGUGCUGUGAUGAUAACAGACAGAUUUCGUAACUCUUGUUACUAUGAUUGUGGACAACAUGUAGCUGAAUGUCUACCAAGACAAUCCAAUGGAAGAGAUUGCAUACACUUCAAGUGUACUGAAACUGAACGUCAGAAAAAAGAAGUGCAAAAUGCUAUUGAAAAUAUUGAGAACGUUUGUCAUAACAGGUCAGACGUUGAUAAUACGUCCUUGUCCACCGCCAAUAUAAAUAUUUUUACUAACCAACUAUUCUCAGUGGUCCAACAUACCAACGCAAAAAUAUUGGGAAUUGUUUCCUACCGUCAAAAUCAAUGGGGAAUAAAGCAUAACCUUAUUAGUCGAAGUUUCAACGGAGCAAUGGAGAAGUGUGAAAAAAUAAAUGAUAACAAUCAUGAAUGGAAAUGUCGUCAAGAUGAUGCGUUCACAAGAAGUUUUGGGGAAAACUUUGAUCGUGUGAGUUCACUCACAAAUAUGCACCCAUCAUUAUCAAAGGAUGGAAGAGACACGUUUCUAACCAUUUCCGAUCUCAGAAGAGAUUGUGUUGGUUAUCAGACACAAAUUGCUGAAUCAACUUCUUGCCAAAUGGAUUCAGAAACGAGAAAAUCAGAUUCAAAUGCUCAUUGUCACAUGGCUUUAUUAGAUUGUCAAGCAAACUUAAAAUCUUGUCAAGUAACGUUACAACCUGUUGACGAUCGACUUUUAAAAGUUGAUAAUUUGCCUCUCAAACUUGUUUCCUCUGCUUCACAAGCUCAUGAAUCAAAUUUCAAACGUACCAAUUCAUGUUCGCAGACAGAUAUGAACACAAUGACUACAGGUGUACCUUGUGAACGCAGUUUAUCUAAUGCAAAAGAUUCAGUCAUUGAGGAUGGUAUCUACUGUCGCAUAUGCCACAGUAAAACAGAUGUUGAUGACUUAGUCAGCCCAUGUUUAUGUACUGGCUCAUUGAAGUUCGUUCACGAGACGUGUUUGUUAAACUGGUUUAAAAGCUCCAUCAAAACUAAAUGCGAGCUGUGUUUACAUGAAGUACCAAUAAAAAAGAUGUUGAAACCAUAUAGUGAGUGGCGCCUGCUUGAAGAGAAACCUGUUCCAUUGAUCUGGUUCAUGUCGUUUUUCAUUCUACUGACUCUAAACAUGCUUUCCGUGAUAAAAGACGCAUCUCGUGGUUGUACUUCUACCGCCUGUACUGUGUUCUACGUCCUUGGCUGCACUGGCUCAAUUUUGGGUGUAAUUUUCUUAUGGUUUUGGGCUAAGAAAAGUGUCUUGUAUUUUAAACGGCUACUGACAUUGAAUCAAGUGUGGAAAAUAGACUGUAAAACGAAUGAUAUACCUAAAUCUAUAUCUGUAGACUGUUGUAAAACUUAAGAGUAAUAAAACCAGCAUUGUCAAAACUUUGGUACCAACUUUGGUACAAACCUUGGGGGAUGACGGACUAUUGUGCCUCACAUAAAGGGUGUGGCUGUAGAUUUGCUCGAAAAAUUUUGAAAAUACUAAAAUAUACAAGUUGUUAGGAACAAGAUAAACAACCAAUAAUAAACAAACAUUGGAUGAAUUAAGUCAAUGUUAUCUGCCCAAGCGAAGCUGAAGCAAAGCAUUUCGUGACGGAUUCCUACGACUUACGACUAAUUUCUAUAAAACAUUUGCAUAUGAAAAUUAUACAAUUGAGUGAAAUAGAUGCAGUCUAUACUUUCUGAACAGUACCCAACAUACUGAUGUUUUGUUUACGGUAGCCAAGGGAAACAUUGUGUUUUGCGCCCAAGGAAGGCUGUUGUAUAUUGCCCAUGAAAAACAGGCCAUGGCUUUGAGGCCGAAAAACACACUGUUUUCUUUGGAUCAAAUAAAUGCUUCAUGCUGUAAAAAUAGGUAAAGAAAAGGCAAAGAGUUAGUAAAAUGAAAUUUUGCUUCAUUA